AUGUUUCCUUUCGAUACCAUUGAAACAAGAAUAAAAGCACAUUAGUCUGAGUUCUUGGGAAUGAAACAAGGAUAUGAUCUUAUAGUUAAGAAUGAAGGAUUUAAAUAUUUAUUUAAAGGGUUUUCUACAACAGUAAUGGGUAUUUUCUUAUUGCUUAAAAAUAGGUUCAUUUGUUCUUUAUGGUUCAUAUUUUUGGCUUAUGAAUAUAUGAAUUCUUAUGCAAUUAAAAUAACAAAAGGUUUAUAGAAGGAUGGCAAAAAAAGUAAGCUUAAUUUAUUGAUUCCUCACUUAACCUUUGGCUGAAGCUGUUUCUGUCAUAAGUUUAAUUAAAUAAUUAUAUAGCUUACAUUCCUUUUGAUACCUUAAGAACCAUAAUGUAGAUGAAUAUUCCUGAAUACAAUUAUAAGGGAAUAUUUUCAGGUUUAAUGGAAACUUCUAGAAAAGAAGGUUGGAGUCGUUUAUUCUAGGCAUCUUACUUAUAUUUAGCAUCAGUAGUUUUAUACAAAACAUUCUAAAUGUGGUUCUAAAAAUUAUAAAGAUAUCAAAUCUUGAAAAAAAGAAUUGAUCCCACUUUAAAAAAUCAACCUAUGGCCAUUCAUCAAUCAAUUAUUGAAUCAAGGAUUUCAAUUGCCUUGGCUGCAGCCUUAGUCAAUCCUGUUGAUUUCAUUAUUACUAGAUACUAACUUGUUGACAGUAGUUGCGUAAAAAAAUUCGUUUAAGAAACUUGGCGCUUAGAAGGAAAAAAAGCUUUUCUGAAAGGUUUAGGAACUAUAUUAUUCUUAUGCAGUAUAUUUUCCGUUUUCUAUUUUCCAGUUUAUGAUCCCUUUAAAUCAAAGUAUGGAACAACUUUAGCAGAUGGGUUUUUUGGAAUUAAAUGUGACUUUAUAAUGUAUUUUAUUUUAAUUAAGUGA